AUGUCUUCCUGUUUCUGCGAUAAAGCAAUUGAACGCACUGCCGACGAUGUGGCUACGAACGCGCAGGACAAACUUGUCCAAUCCAGCGAUCCGAAGCACCCAGCAAACCUGAUUUGCACACUUUGCAAAUUAUUUUACUACAACAACUGGGUAACCGGCACAGGCGGUGGAAUAUCGAUCAAGGACUCCAAAUCCAAGUACAUUUACAUUGCUCCUUCGGGUGUGCAAAAGGAACAGCUUCAGCCUGAGGACAUGUUCGUGAUGGACCCAGAAACCGACGCUUACGUGCGCACUCCACAGAAAUACAAGCCCAGCGCUUGCACACCGCUUUUCAUGGCGUGCUACAAGAGACGUGCGGCUGGCGCCGUCAUCCACACACACUCGCAGCACGCGGUGAUGUGCUCUUUGAUUUUCGGAAACGAGUUUAAGAUCGCGAACAUCGAGCAGAUCAAAGCGAUUCCAAGCGGCGAAAAAGACCCCGUUACGGGCAAAGAUAUCAAUCUGUCCUUUUUCGAUACACUCGCGAUACCUAUCAUUGAUAACACGGCACAUGAGGAGGACCUUGUGGGCGGACUUCAGAUGGCCCUGCACCAGUAUCCGGCGGCCACCGCAGUCAUCGUCAGAAGGCACGGUAUCUACGUCUGGGGCCCCUCUGUCGAAAAGGCCAAAGUUUUCAACGAGGCGAUCGACUAUCUCAUGGAACUCGCCGUCAAGAUGUACCAGCUGGGCAUUCCGCCCGACUGCGGCAUCGGAGACGAGAAAAAGCAUCUGACGUUGUAA